CCAAAUUUAGCAAACACCUGGUAUGCUCUCGCUAAUAUUAGCUUUUGCAAAUGGCAGGAUUCAUCUCUUCUCAGAUAGUUACGGUUCAUAUCUUCCUAAAGCAGAUACCUAAACCAGAUAACAGGAAUCACAACCUAGAAGUGACAGCUGCUCUACUGUCACUAGAGGUUAGGUAGCUCAUACAGAUACAGCUGGUGGUUUUGUAUCUAGCCAAAGUUAUGUCAGGUGGCUCCUACCCAAACUGUCUGCUUUCAGUAUCAGUAGCGUCGUAUCUGUGGUCUUGCCUUGCAAUCUAAGCGGUACUGCCAUUCAGAACCAGCUCAGUAUGGCACACGUCCUCUUUGGCCCUAGUACCCAGUUAAAGAGUGGGCUUAAAUACAUUCUGGGAAGAGAAGGCACCGCUCAACAAGACCCGUUAAACAUAUGUCAUUUCACAUUUACUUCUUAUACCUUGGACAUCACUUAAGCAGUUAAGUGUCUGUUUCAUAUUAUUUCACAGAUGCAAAAUGAAACCAUCAUGUUCUAACUCCUUUUUCAAUCAAACUUGGAACUAAAGAGUCUCAAUUUCUGCAGACCUGUGGCCCAAGCAUUUGCGAUGGCACGUGUCACAGUCGUUCUUGUCAUGCUGAUAUUAAGUUUUUUCCAGCGUAAGACACCGAUUUCCACUAGCUUGGCAAGUGGACAAGAAGAUGUAGUGGAUACACCUGGGCUACAUAAUGCUCUGUGGAUUAUCAAGCAUGAGUCAAGAGUCAUUCUGUACUGGAAUGAUAACCUGACAAAAGAAGAAACUGAGAAGUACACUGUGAAGUAUAUUUUGAGUUAUAAAUUCUUCAAUACCAGUCACGAAUGGAAAGAAAGACUGCGGGAGAAGAAGAAGAUAAUACGUCUUGAGUUACAUUCUGGUUUUAAUGCUAAAGUUAAAACACAACUUUUUGCAAAAGAAACAGAAGAUGUAAUUAAGGAGAGUGGCUGGACAGAAUUUACUUACAAGGCACCUCCAGUAUAUAUUCAGAAUCUUUCAUGCAUCAUAUAUAACAGUUCUUUUUUCAAUUGCACCUGGCAUAUUAAAGCAGAGGCUCCUGAAGACAUCCAGAUCUUUUUUUCAUACAGACAUGCAGGAAAAGAUUUUGAAUGCCAGCAAUAUAUAAAAAAUGCAAGGAAGAAAAAUAUUGGUUGCCAUAUGAAAAAAAUAUCUUUCCAACAAUCAAAAAAAAUCAAUUUAAACAUAACUGUAAGAGAUCUGAGAAAUAAUUCUAGAAGACUGUCUUAUUACAAAGCUUUUACACCUGAGACAAUAGAGAAACUGAACCCACCGAUCAUUGUCUCAGUUUCCCUUGAAAACAGAAGUAUUAAAAUUCACUGGAAAUCCCCGCCUACUAUUGGUUCUGAAAAAAGCAAGUGCUUUUUGUAUCAAGUGAAAAGAACAGAUUGUAAGAUUGUAGAUGUCACCGCAGAGAAGUAUGAGUAUCCGUUUCAUAAGCCAGCAAACAAAUGUGCAGCACAAGUGAGGGUAAAGAAAGAGACAUGCAUAAGAAACAAGAUUUGGAGUGAAUGGAGUGAACCAGUGUUUAUUCACGAUGAAAAGACAGUGGAUGUCAUGCUGCUAAGCCUCACGUCAUUUUGUCUCCUGAUUUUCCUUGGAGGUUUGCUGCUAUGUGCAUGUAGAAGGUAUAGAUGCCUGGAAGUUAUAACUAUGCCUGUUCCACAUCCUUCAGAUAAUAUCAAAACUUGGUUAGAGGCAGAUGAGACUCACCACCAGGUAGUGUGUGUCUGUCUUUUUUCUCUCACUGCAUUGACAGGUAUGAUAUUACUUGCUAUCAGAAUGGUACAUUACAUCUGGAGCAGCAGGUCAUUUUUAAGAAAAACUGGAAAAAAGGUAUGCGCAAUGUUUGUAGUGAAGCAUGAAGAGAACAGAAUGCUUGUGGAGGUCACAGGACAAUGAUCUCAGUAGACAGGAUGGAGGAAAUCCUCAGGGGAGUAUAAUCUCUAGCGUGUCUCAAAGUGUUUCAGCAUAUCCACACUCAAUGGGGCAACAUUUUAAGAAGUGAUCACCCUGACUCCCUGCAGAAUAGUCAGUUAUGGGAUAUUACAUGUAUAAGCAUGUGGGCAAGUUAUCAAAGGGAAAGUUUUUGUGGAGAUCUGCAAGUCAUUGGCUAUGUUGUAGUAAAUGUGCACAUUCUUAUAGCAAAUAAGAGGAGGCUCCACAAUGCACGCAACAUAAGCUACGCCAACUGUGCACCUGCUGGGGGAUAAAACUGUGUACAGAGGUGUUUACUUUGGAAGAGCUGAUGUGCCGUAAGUUCAGAUGCUAGCUUAUCUCGUGGCAAAUUAUAAGUCUUCAGUCAACUGGGCAAAACAAAACAAAAAAUAUUUGCAAUAUUUGUGUGGCUAUCAUUAAUGGAGCUCCUUGGCUGGCAUAUUCAAUGCUUCUUAUUGCUGUCUGUCAUUGUGUGAGUUAGAGGAAAAAAUGUGCUAGUCAGGCAGUGGUUUAGAUCUCUAAACUCUGGUGAAGCUACACAGUGAACUGUGCUCCAGGAGGCAUGGUAAGAUUGCCUCUUACCUGGUUCUCCUGCAACACAUGAUGAGAAGGUGCAGGUGUGCCCAAACUAUGCUUUUGGGGGGGGAAACAUCAUUGAGAUAGAAAACUGUAAUGAGGAUUUUCUUG